UCUCCCGAGCUUCCGAAGCGAAGGCAGUGGGAAGCGGAGGCUUUCGGCCAGCCUGAGGAAGCUUUGGCCCCCGGAGCCAUGGCGCACUACCCGACAAGGCUGAAGACCAGACUGACUUACUCAUGGGUCGGCAGGCCAUUGUUGGAUCGAAAACUGCGCCACCAAACCUACAAAGAAAUAUGUGUGAAAGUAGAAGGUGAUUCAACUGAGAUUCACAUCCAGGUGGGGCAGUGUGUGUUGAUUGAAGGGGAUGAUGAUAAAAACCCAUAUGUUGCUAAAUUGGUGGAGUUGUUUGAAGAGGAUUCUGACCCUCACUCUACGAAACGUGCACGAGUACAGUGGUUUGUCCGAUUCUGUGAAGUCCCUGACUGUAAACGGCAUUUGUUGGGCCGGAAGCCUGCUGCACAGGAGAUAUUCUGGUAUGAUUACCCUGCCUGCAACGACAACAUCAAUGCUGAAACCAUCAUUGGCCCCAUUCGGGUAGUAGCUUUAGCCCCAGAUGCAGUGGUACCUAUGGAUCUGAAAGAUGAGAAAAUAUUCUUUGUGAAAGAAUCCUGGAAUGAAAAGAAGUUCAGACCGCUCUCCUCAGAACUAUUUGCGGAGCUGGAUAAAUUACAAGAAGGCAGCCCCAAGUGCCAGAAGCCCAGGGGAGCCAAGACUAAGAGUGUAGAAAGCCCUUCUGGAACCCCAGAAGAACAUGUGGUCAAAAGGAUUGAAUCAAGGCACUCUGCCUCCAAAUGUCGCCAUACUUCUACCCAUCCUGUCACCCCAAGGGCGAGGAAGAGGCUGGAGCUUGGCAGUUUACCUAGGACACCUAACACUAGGAUGUCCCAGCAAACUUCAUCUGCCUCCUUGGGUUCUCCAGAAGGCAAUAAACGGAAAGUGGCCUUCUCUGAGAUCACAUCACCUUCUAAGAGGUCUCAGCCUGAUAAACUUCCGACCUUGUCUCCAGUUCUGAAAGCCCCAGAGAAAACUGGAAAGAUUCCUCUCUCUUGUACUGGGGGUGACAAGAAGGCUUCACCUGAAUGUCACAUGAUCCUGAGAGCCCGGAUCACAGCUUUGGAAGCCACAGAGAUUAUCAAGGAGAAAACACUUUCCCCUACCAGCGGGGGACAGAGAUCCUCAGUGAUGCCUUCAGUGAUUCUGAAACCAGAAAGCAUCAAAAAGAGGGGUGCAAAAGAACCAGAAGCUCAGAAUGAAGUUACCUCUACUCCCCAUCGUACCUGCAGAAAGAGUUCUCUCUUAACUUUGAAUCGGAUUAGGCAGCAGCUUCGGUUUCUAGGUAAUAGUAAAAGUGACCAAGAAGAGGAAGAGAUUCUGUCAGCAGCAGAAAUUUCAAACUCAAGCAGUGAGGAAGAAGAGGCUUCCAUGCCAUCCCGUCCAAGGAGGACACCCAGAAGAAGUGUGUCCAGGAACCUACGAUCUUCCCUGAGGUCAUCCUUAGAGACCCCCUCCAAGACGCCAAAGAAAACCUCCAAGCCUAGAACUCCACGUCUUGCCAUUCCUCAGAUCCGCAACCGAAACCUGGCCGCCCAGGAGCCUACCAGCGUGUUGGAGCAGGCCCGGCUGAGGCUGCAUGUUUCUGCUGUACCUGAGUCUCUACCCUGUCGGGAACAGGAAUUCCAAGACAUCUACAACUUUGUGGAAAGCAAACUCCUUGACCAUACUGGAGGGUGCAUGUAUAUCUCCGGUGUCCCGGGGACAGGGAAGACUGCCACUGUGCAUGAGGUGGUGCGCUGCUUGCAGCAGGCAGCCCAAGCACAUGAUGUUCCUCCCUUUCGGUACAUUGAGGUCAAUGGCAUGAAGCUCACGGAGCCCCACCAAGUCUAUGUGCAGAUCUUGCAGAAGCUAACAGGCCAAAAGGCAACAGCUAACCAUGCGGCAGAACUGCUGGCAAAGCGAUUCCGCACUCAAGGGUCCCCUCAGGAAACCACCAUCCUGCUUGUGGAUGAGCUCGACCUUCUGUGGACUCACAAACAAGAUGUAAUGUACAAUCUCUUUGAUUGGCCCACUCACAAGGAGGCUCGGCUUGUGGUUCUGACCAUUGCCAACACAAUGGACCUGCCCGAGCGAAUCAUGAUGAACCGAGUGUCAAGCCGACUGGGUCUUACCAGGAUGUCCUUCCAGCCCUAUACUCACAAUCAACUGCAGCAGAUCCUGGUGUCCCGUCUCAAACAUUUAAAGGCCUUUGAGGAUGAUGCCAUCCAGUUGGUAGCCAGGAAGGUAGCAGCCCUCUCCGGAGAUGCACGACGCUGCCUGGACAUCUGUAGGCGUGCCACGGAGAUCUGCGAGCUCUCCUCCCAAAAGCCUAACUCCCCUGGCCUGGUCACUGUAGUCCACUUAAUGGAAGCUGUGGAUGAGAUGUUUUCAUCAUCAUACAUCACUGCUAUCAAAAACUCCUCCGUUUUGGAACAGGGCUUCCUGAGAGCCAUCCUUGCAGAGUUCCGCCGAUCAGGACUGGAGGAAGCAACAUUUCAACAGAUAUAUAGUCAGCAUGUGGCACUGUGCAGAAUGGAGGGGCUGCCAUACCCCACCAUGUCAGAGAGUAUGGCUGUGUGUUCUCAUCUGGGCUCCUGCCGCCUCCUGCUUGUGGAGCCCAGCAGGAAUGACCUGCUCCUUCGUGUGCGGCUCAACGUCAGCCAGGAUGAUGUGCUAUAUGCGCUGAAAGAAGAGUGA